AGAUUCGAGCGUUUAAUGUUGAUCGUUAUUCGAAAAGUAAAGUUAGGGAAAAAUGAAUCAUCAUGUUAAUAACCACGUUUUGUGUUCAACUGCAUCUGUGAUAUUAUAGUUUAUGAAAUGCAUCAUGUUUGAAGUGGAGUUAUAAAUAGUUUGGGUGUACCUUUACUACUCAUAUACAUCGCUAUAGUACGCAUUGGUGUGUGUUUGCAUUAAAUAACAACUACAUUCUAUACAUAUAAUAUCGGAAAAUUAUGUAAUCAGAGUAAUCCGAAAUUAUAAAACCGAUAGAAUCCUACAAUUAAUAGUUUAUGCCGUAAAAGAGCAGCAUAUCAGCGAUACGGACAGGCGGAACGACAAGUCUAGCAGAACCGAGCGCUGCGAGAGCAGACGACGUUGUAUCAUCAUCAGUAAAUGAGAAUAAGUGGCAAAUUUGCACAUUCUCGACACAGAUACUAAACACGUUCGGAGCGAAGCGAUAUACUAUUAAGUGAAAAGAAAAAAAAAAACUUCCAACGCAGUGAACAGUGUUGUGUUUGCUUGUACAAGUAGGCAUUUGCUUAUAAUGUGUGAUAUUAGAUUUGUGGCUCAGCGUGAAUAAGUGACACUACUUGCAAUAUAGUUACUACGGUUCAAUCCAAGUGCACUUUGGAGCUGAUUAAAACCCAGCUGAAUUCCAGUGUUUCCUUCGAUCGGAAGCAGAUCGUAGUGACCUAAUGAGUGUGGACAGAGUGGCAGCCAUAUCGAUUUAAUCAAAUGGGAUGUGGAAUUCAACGAACAUGAAAGCUUGGAUAAAUUCGCCGUUAACUACACCAUGGAAUAAGGAGUCUUCGAUUCAAGAUUAGCUUUCCUAGUCAUUGGGGGGUCGGGCGGCUGCCUGUACCCCCUACUAGUGAGAUUUUAGCUACAAUUAGUAUGUUCGAACAAAUAAAAACCGAACCAAUGGGAUUCUACACCGCUUAUCCACCGCCCCAGGGUGCCCAGACACCAAUUACAACAACCACUCGCACUGACCAAACCCAACAAACCGUAAUAGCCAUAAAUGAGAACAAACCAGUCGUCAGCAGUAAUGAACCAGUAGUUCCGGCCCAACCUGUUAAUAGUCAUUCCACCGCACCAAGCCGAAGUAAAAGGCAAACAUGCAAAGUUUGUGGCAAAACGUUAUCUUCCCCUAGCAGCUACUAUGUGCAUAUGAAAUUGCAUUCGGGAACAAAACCUUUCGCUUGUACGGUAUGUGAGGCUGCAUUUUGUAGGAAACCUUAUCUUGAAGUUCAUAUGCGGACCCACACAGGUGAACGACCCUUCGGUUGCGAUGUGUGUCUCAAACGCUUUAGUCAGAAAUCUUCUUUAAAUACACACAAGAAAAUUCAUAUGAGAUAUUGGAGCAUUCAUAAACCGUUCCAGUGUAAUCAGUGUAGUGCAUCUUUCGGCCGAAAACCGUAUUUAGAAAUCCAUCUUCGAACCCACUCCGGUGAACGUCCUUUCGCUUGUGACAGGGAAGGUUGCGAUAAAAGGUUUUCACAGAAAUCAACUCUUAACAUUCACAAACGUGUUCAUGACCCUAACCAUCGGCCUUUUACUUGCGAGCAUUGCCCAGCAACGUUUUGUCGGAAACCUUAUCUUGAUAUCCAUAUAAGGUCUCAUACUGGAGAGAGACCAUUCGAAUGUGCAACAUGUCUGAAACGGUUUUCCCAAAGAUCUACAUUGAAUAUUCACAAACGUAUUCAUACAGGCGAACGACCUUACGCUUGCGAUAUCUGCAAUAAAACCUUUGCCGUGAAGAGCUAUGUAACAGCACAUCGUUGGUCCCACGUUUCGGAGAAGCCAUUGAAUUGCGAUCGCUGUUCUAUGACCUUCACCAGCAAGUCUCAGUUCGCUAUCCACAUUCGAACCCAUUCAGCCGGGCAGAACUUCGAGUGCCGGCUGUGUGGCCGUACCUUCAUUCGAGAUAGUUACCUUAUCCGGCAUAACAAUCGGGUCCAUCGGGAAAACAGAAUCAACGCCAGCAGCGUCAGUGCCACUAUCAACAGCGUAGCGAUCGGAGAGAUCCCUUCGCCACAGAUGGGGGGAUCAAGUGUGGCCAGCAGUGCACCGCAGGAUACGGGAGACCACACGGUAGUCCAGAUUGCUUCCCAAACUCGAGAAACGUUCAACAAUUCAACAGUACAACCCUGUAAUUUCAGAUAUGUGCCAGAGCUUCAUAUGUCCGAAACAAUAUCAUCCGUAUCCCACAUUUCUUCGCCGGACAUCAGUAACAGUCAUAACCUAUCGCCUGGAAUGACCAGCUCCAGUCAAGACCAUGGAAUACCUACAAACCGGACGAUGAUAAUCAAUGCCAGUACCGGAAGCGUGCACAUGUCUGAUGGCAUCAUUGAUCAAGGCCAAGGUGCACGCCUGAUUCAUGAAUUGGACGAUCGUGACCGUAUCGAAAUGGAUCGAGUUCUACAGCACGAGCGUACAGAUCACGAAACUCGGAACUUGGCGGAACGCUUCAUUCAAAAUGCUGAACGAAUGGCCCAGGAUCAUGCUAUUCAACAACAGCAGCAGCAGCAACAGCAACAACAACAACAACAACAACAACAACAGCAAGAUCUUCACCAAAACAUGAUGUCUCCGGUUCAUCGCAUAGUUACCGAUAAAAACAGUAUUCCCCAUCUCCUAGAACCAAAACCAGAAUAGAAUCUCUCGCUAAAGAAUGCUAACCGUUACCGUAUCAUAGUGAAACCAUAUACCAAAUGAUACAAACCAUACUGUACAAUUAUUAAAGUAUACCAAACUAGCAGUAAACCCAGAAAUUUAGAGAAAAAAGUUUGAAUACACAAUUGUAGGGAUAUUCUGAAAACGUAACAUAAGAUCAACAAAUCCAUUGCAACAUCGCAGGAAUAUUCGAUAGAAUGGCAAUGUGAGAAAUUAUUACCUACCACGAGAUAAACGUAGCAAAUUAUGACUUACACAUUAGUACCACGCAUUACAAUAUAUUCACAAGCAAACAAACAAUAUUAACCAUUAUUAGUAGUGAUAGCAUAUUAUGAUAGCAAAAUACCAAAUUUUUAUACAGUAAAAAAAUCGAAGGCAGCGCCAUUGGUAUUAUAGCCGAACAGAAUUAGUUAUUGUUUUCCUUUCAUUCACUUACAAAUGAUCAUCAAAUAGAGUUACAAAUAAAACAAAAAAAAAACAUCAAAUCUCGAAUGAACGGUCUCCAAUUUGGGUGGAAAAUACAGGAGAGAACGUGUUAUAAUGCAUAAUAUAGAAGAGACACCAUGAAGCUUCCUAGAGUAGUCAUUUCCAAAAUGAUGUGAUCUGUAGCUGCCUUCGGCGUUUUAUUUUCGACGUAAGUUUCCAAAAAUAACAAAAGCCAUUGCAAACAAUGGAAAUGAUUGUGUAAACGCCCGAUUGUAACGUUAGUAGUUAUUAUGAAAUAUAUUUAUUUUAUUUAACGGACCA